UCGAAAGAGUUUAGAGGUCACUAGAGCUAGCAAAGUAAAAUUAAACUGACCAAAGUGGAAGGCAAGAUGGCGAGUGGAUUUGUGAGCCGUUUGAAACAGUUUGACGCUUAUCCAAAGACUCUCGAGGACUUCAGAGUGAAGACAUAUGGUGGAGCUACGAUUACACUACUGAGUGGAGCCAUUAUUGUUAUCCUGUUUCUCUCUGAGCUUGCCUACUUCCUCUCUACUGACAUACGAGAGGAGCUCUAUGUAGACACGUCCAGAGGAGAGAAGAUGAAGAUCAACUUUGACCUCAGUUUUCAACGAAUGCCUUGUCUCUAUCUGAGCAUUGAUGCCAUGGAUGUAUCAGGAGAGCAUCAACUAGAUGUCCUGCACAGUGUGUUCAAGCAACGACUCACAACAGACGGCCAACCAAUCACGGAGGAGAAACCACAACCUGUUGAGAUGGGGACAGGACCUGAAGGCAAUGAGACCACACCCACUGAGACAGCACCUGCCGUCGUUGUCAAGGACGAUGUGUGCAAGAGUUGCUAUGGUGCUGAGUCACCAGAGAUCCCUUGCUGCAACACUUGUGAACAAGUACGAGAGGCAUAUCGUAUCAAGGGCUGGGCGUUCAACAACCCCACAGGAAUAUCUCAAUGCAUCAAUGAAGGAUGGACUGACAAGAUUAAGGAUCAAGUGAACGAAGGAUGCAAUAUCCGUGGUUACAUUGAGGUCAGCAAGGUGGCAGGCAAUAUCCAUUUUGCUCCUGGGAAGAGCUUCCAGCAACACAGCGUACAUGUUCAUGACCUCCAGAGCUUUGGUGUGAAAAAGUUCAACUUCACUCACACAAUUGGUCAUCUGUCCUUUGGUGAGGACUACCCUGGCCAACUCCACCCCCUCAAUGGCUACACGCAGGUCCAACAAGUGGACCUACCUACUGGAGGCUUGAUGUACCAGUACUUUAUCAAGGUGGUCCCCACUAUCUAUCACAAGCUCUCAGGAGAGCUGUUGAGGACUAACCAGUUCUCUGUCACCAAGCACAGUAAGGAAGCUAGAGCAGUGGCUGGCCAUAGUGGACUACCAGGUGUAUUCUUCAUGUAUGACCUGAGUCCCAUGAUGGUCCAGUUGACUGAACAUCGCCGAUCCUUUACCCACUUCCUGACGGGUGUGUGUGCUAUUGUGGGUGGAGUGUUCACAGUGGCUGGCAUGCUGGAUGGAAUGCUGUAUCACUCUGCAAGAGCCCUCAGGAAAAAGAUUGACUUAGGAAAAGCCUCUUAACAGCUAGUGUUCUCCUUAGGUACAUGAUUUUAUUAUUAUGCCUCACUUCCUUUUAUGUCUAACUCAUUUAUGAUUGCCUUUGGAAUCAAUUUUGUUCAUACUUGUAAUAAUUAUUUGGGCAGGAAAACA